AUGUCCAACAUCUUUGCUUCUGCCGUCGACACUACUGAACCAAUCGCCCUCUUUGAACGCAAGCCUGGUGAAACCGCCGUGCCCGAAGGAGUCAGUAACUCGUCGCCUCUCCACACAAACUCCUUCUAUUGCAACAUGCUUGUCGAGAACCGGGACUGUACCGUUUGGACCCACCCAUACAGUGUGUGGAACAGCAAGACCAACAAAAGGUUUGGUCUCGCUGCGUAUUUGGCUCGAGACUCAGACAGAGUCUUCGGCGAAGGCGACCCAGCCGAGUUCUUUAGCCACCCAGUGGGAGUGCAAAGGAUUGUGUUGUCGUCGUCUGAUUUCAAAGAGGAGCCCUCUUUCUCAUUACACUCUUUGUCAAAAUUUGCAGCCACCGCUCGCUUCUCUUCCAAGUCUGAAAGAGACUGCUACCUAGACUGUCCUCUUGUUCAAGGCAUGGGAUUUGUUACUGGUGUCUACCAUAACUGCAUCCCCAAAAUCAGUUCCCAGGUCGGCUUCAAGUCGGUUGAGGGAGACACUAGUCCUCGCCUGGGUACUAGCAAGUACAAGGUCGAGUUGGACGACGGCACUAAGUGGCUUGUGUAUGUUACGCUUCCUGAAGGGGCCACUCUCGAGUUGGCAUUGAAAGGGAAAAACGAAAUCAUUGCCGAUAAGUCGGUGGACGACGGGAUUGUCCAGAUCUGUUUUGCCUCAGAUGUUGAUACCAAGAGCUACGACGCUGCUGCUGGCUGCUACGCUUCGGAUGCCUCUAUCUCUGCUUCUAUCGAUGGCAACAAGUGCUCGUACUCUUUGCUGUACCUGACCAAAGGGUCGCUGAACAGCAACUCUACCCUAGUAUUUGCCUUGCCUCAUCAUGUGGAGGCUUUUGAUGGUGAAACUAAGGGCAAGGCCACCUCGAUAACUUUGCAACCAACAACCAAAGGCAAGGCAUUGGGGAUUCUUCUGAAUAAACUCACGAUGGUAGAGGAGUUGACCAUGAAGGAUGUGACGUGGGACCCAGCGACCACCAUUCCAGGCAAGAAGGCCAACUAUUCCCAAACCGCCCUUGGGGCCAUCAGAGAAGCUGCCAAAAAUGAAGUCAAUGGCGAUGUUGAAAAGGACCUGAACGUGGAUUCGAUGUACUUCGGCGGUAAAGUGUUGGCUAAGUACGCCUUUGUUCUCCUAGUGUGUCACAGGAUUUUGAAGGACGGAGGCCUCACCAACCUGUUGUUGCCAAAGAUGAAGAAGGCCAUCAACCGGUUCAAGUCUAACAAACAACAGUACCCACUAUUCUACGAUACGUCUUUCAAGGGCAUUGUCUCACUGGCGAAAGAAGGAAGUGAUUUCGGUAACGGCCACUAUAACGACCACCAUUUCCACUGGGGGUAUCAUAUCCAGGCUGCCGCCAUCACGGCCUUCGUCGACAAGGACCUCGGCGGUAAAUGGAUUGACGAGAUCAAACACUGGGUUAACUCGCUUGUCAGAGAUAUCGCUAACCCCACUACUGAUGACAAGCACUUUCCUGUGUUCCGUGCAUUUGACUUCUACAACGGUCACAGCUGGGCCAAAGGGCUCUACGCCUCUGCCGACGGCAAAGACGAGGAAAGUUCCUCCGAGGAUUACAAUCAUGCCUAUGCCCUCAAGCUCUGGGCAAAUGUCCUAGGGGACGGCGACCAAGAGAAAAGAGCAGACCUUAUGUUGGCGAUCAUGAGCAGAAGCAUGAACUGCUACUUCUUGAUGUCUGACGACAACAAAAUCCAGCCCUCCCAGUUCAUCGGCAACAAAGUCACAGGUAUAUUGUUUGAGAACAAGGCCCACCACACUACUUAUUUCGGCACCAACGAGGAGUACAUUCAGGGCAUCCAUAUGAUUCCCGUCAAUCCUGUGUCUUCGUUUAUUAGAAAACCAGAGUUUGUCAAGCAGGAGUGGGAACAAAAACUUCAAGGCCUCGUUGGCAAUUUAAACGAUGGCUGGAGAGGAAUCUUGAUGUUGAACGCCGCCCUUUUUGACCCAGAUAUGGCAUGGAAGUUCUUCAGCGACGGCAAUUUCAGCAAAGACCAUUUGGACGGCGGUCAGUCCAAGACGUGGUCAUUGGCAUACUGUGCUGGCGUUGGAGCAUCUUCAUGA